UUUUGAUUUUUCAUUCAUAAAUAUACCAAGUUUUUUUUUUCAGAUUGUUGCCCCUUUUUCCUACUAAAUAAAACCAAAAUAAUGAUUUUUCUUAAAUAAAAAUGUCCUAGUUAACGAAGAGGUUGUCUUCGAUAAGUGCCAGAUUAGAUGAUACCAGCUGUCAUGAGUUCCAGGAUAAGAGAAAAUGUAAAACAUUUCUUCGAAUGCUUCUGCGAAGUGGUACCGCCUGCCGACGACAAAGACGCCUGGAUAAUCCAGCAAUACCCGGACAAAUACAAGGACCAAGAAGUACUCAAGUCUGUACCGAAAUUUGCAUAUCCUUAUAAAUUUGAAAAUACAGUAAUUCAACAUUACUCCUUCGUCCUGACGGACUUGGAAUCGAAAUGGACUUUCGGGUUUUGCAGGCACGAUCCCAAAUCGGAAACUGCCAUCGUGGUGCUCAGCUAUUUACCUUGGCAUCAGUCAUUUUACAAAUUUCUAGAUACCACUGCAGUGUUAAUGCACAGUUCCCGUACCGAAGAUUUAAGCGAAUUUUUAGCUACAGUUUAUACUACAAAAAUAGCGGAACCAGGCAAGAAAAUCGUGGUUGCUUUUAAUAGGGGCCAAAGUACAUUUAGUUUUGAUAUUCCUAGACCCUUUCAAUUGCCCAGUAUACCGGAAAAUCGUAAUCUAACAGAAUACUACAAUGCGGUGGACACAAACAACAUGAUGAUCAUAUUUGCAUCGAUGCUUUACGAAAGGAGGAUAAUUUUCAUAUCGAAACAUCUGAAACGAUUGAGCGCGUGCGUACAAUCCGCCAAUGACGUCAUUUAUCCGAUGAUUUGGCAACACAUUUACAUUCCAGUAUUACCACAAAGCCUAGUGGAUUAUCUUUCGGCGCCGAUGCCGUUCCUUAUUGGUGUACCAGAGGAUAUUUUUAAGACAGUAUCCCAAAACGAAAUAGGAGACGUUGUCAUUUUGGAUGCGGACAACAACAAAGUCCAUACACCAUUUGACGAUUUGAAUAGUUUGCCGCAAGAUGUAAUUGCAGCCUUAAGGAAACAACUACGAAACAAAUCUGCGGUUUUGGGGGAUGGGGUAUCGAGAGCCUUUUUGAGGGCCUUGGUUCAGUUAAUCGGCGGUUACAGGGAUGCGUUGAAAUUCACCCCUGGACAAAAAGUUACCUUUGAUUCUGGUCGGUUUAUCGAGACAAGGCCUGUAAAUCUACAGCCUUUUUUAAGAGAAAUGUUGAAUUUGCAGAUUUUUCAACAAUUUAUAGAAGAAAGACUUACAAUGCUUAACACUGGCAGAGGGUUUUCAGAUGAAUUCGAGUUUGAGCUUGAAAAUUAUUCAGCAAAAUCUGGCUCCAAGUUGAAACAGCAAUACAAAGAGUGGGCCUCAACUAUGAGAAAAGAGGGCACAGCAUUUUUCAAGAGCGUCAAGGAUAAGGCAAAUCCGGCUAUGAAAUCUGCAGUUAAAACUGUAAAAGAUGGCGGUAAAGGUAUGAAAAGCGCCUACAAAGGCCUGAGAUCAAAACUCAAAGAAGGCCAAAUGAAUCAAGAUCAACCGCACAACACCAAACCGAGAUCAGCUCCGAAUUCGCCUACAGGAAAACGGAAAAUCCUGAGCGGUUUUACGGUGCCGGUAGCCACCUACAAAAAAGAUGCCUCGCUAGCAAUAAAAAGCGCCAACUUGCAAAGGUCUUACAGCCCUUUGAGUCCCGGGUCCCAACCUUUGACUCCGGAUAUGUUGGAUUCGCCCCGGAGCGGUAGCCCCAUUGAUUUUCCCAGAAUUGAUUUGAUGAAUGAAAUGCAGGAUUUGUUGAAGUUGAGGCUGGCCGAUGGGAAUCCUGCCGUGGAUCGGUCGUUGAAGCCGGUACGCAGUUUAGAAAACUUCAACAAAAACCCCCUCAGUUCCCCGACUAGUCCGGAACGCUGGCCCACACCCCGACCCUCCCUACCACAUUCCAGCGUCCUAUUUCCCUCGCACACGUACCGAGACACCCAAACGUUGCUUCAGUCACCGCUAGGGGACGCUUUCAUGUCGCCGCCUCACGUACCGCCUCGCAGACAAUCGCACGACUUUUUCGCCAACUCGAAACCGUUCGUUGUUGGGGGCGGGCACAACGAAAACGGAGAUCCGCUUUUUUUCGUUUCCAACAGAAAUAUGGUAGAUGUUGUUAAGCUGACGCCACCUGUACAGGCUUCGCCUGGCAGACGAAAGCAAAAUGACGAAACCGAAGAUUUGAUCCGUUUAGAUUCCACGUCAGAUUUGGACGAUUUUGACCCAUUGAAAACACCAUCGUCGAAUUCUUCGUAUUCUACUCCAACUCAUGAGCCUCCCUUAAGCAUCUCGAAUCCUCUAUACAAUUCGUCUUAUGAGAACCACGAGAUUCGUUCUAAUGGAGUGAACAGCUUUAGUAGGCAAGAUCAGGAUUUGUUGCAGGACUACGGGCUGCAUUUCAAUUUCGGAACUGCACCGCAGGGUUCAGAUCAGAGUAAAUUCGAAAGUUUCAGUUCGAGUAAUAGGGUCAAUGUGCAAGGGCAAUGGACCAAGUUCGAUUGAUUAAUGACAGUCAACCAAAUCACUGAGACUGUUAAAGAGUAGAUUCGGGACAAGAGUUUUCAAAUUUUAUUUGGAAAUAGAAAUCACAUCGAAUCAUUCCCUGGUAUAUGUAAUUUGGCCAGCCUAAUUUUUUGAUAGCCAAUUGAUGAACAAAUUUUUAUUUUGUUGUACAUAAAAUAUUAGCUCUGUUCCAAUUGUUCUAGAACGAUAAUUUCCAUUCAUUUUUCAACUUAUUGAAAAAUAGGAUAGGGGAGCUGGUGGCCAUAAUGGAAAAUUACUGGUUCUCAUGUCAGUUGAAACAGAGCUAUUUUAUCAUGUUUUUUUCUGUUCUGAUUACAAAGGGCAAUUGAUUAUUUGGCUUCCAUUGAAAUGAAAAUUGCCCCUGUAAGAGCCAAAUUAUGGAUUGACUGAUAAGUGUCAGGUUGUUACCUAGCAGGUACUUUCUAUUCUCUAGAGCAUGGAAAGUACCUGACACUUAUCAGUCGGUCCAUAAUUUGGCCCUAAAGAGAAGCUUUAUUAAGAUAUUAAUAUUUAAACACGGUAUAGUAUUUUUUUGUUUUAAAUUAUUUUCAAUUUUUUUUUUUUACACUUUAUUAUUAUGUUAGGUCUUAUACACAUUUGUUACUUUUUGUUUUUUGAAACUAUUUUGUUGAAAAUUAUUAUUGAAAAUAUAUUCCUAUAUAAUC